UUUGUGCGCAACAUCAAUGAACGAUACAAAAGCACCGGAUGGCCCAGAUGACUUCAGCGGCCUCUUCUUCGCAUGCCAGAGCACUCCAUCGGCAUGCGCCUCGCCAGACAUCUCCAUCUUGCUGCAACGAUGCGGACGCUUCGACGCCAUGGGGUUCACCCAAGCUGACUUUAGUGCAUGCUGUGAUUCCGCAUUUGCUCACAACGGCAAAGCCCGAGAAUGCGUGUACUUUCGACCAACCGAGUGGACUGCGCGGCGAAUUUCGGUCUUCCCUGUGUCGCACUCCCCCAAGCCCAAGUACACUGUGCGCGACUGGGCUCAAUUCGCGUCCGUCGAUCAAGUAGACAUUGCCCGAGUGUCUGUGCAUUCGAUUGACGCGUCCAGCUUUGACUACCGCACGAUAUCCAAGCUGAGUAUCGUCGAUGCCGACUUGGAGACCAUCACCACGCCGCCAUCCCCGACACUCAACGUGAUCGACGUCAGCAACAACCGACUCAAAGCGUUCCCUACGUAUUUGUUUAGCCCUACCCAACCAACCAUCGCACAACUCAACAUUUACGGCAAUCCAUGGCACCCGUCUGUUUCAGUCGACGCGAGUGAGUGCAACCGAAUGCAGGUGGCAGUAGACAGCGGCCACAUCACUGGCCUGCCCCUGGAUUGCUCGUGCUCGUCGUCCGCUCCUACAUGCACAUUCCCGUCCCUGACAUCCACACCAGCCCCUUCAACGUCCACUGGAGCCCCCGUCGCAGUUGUAACUCGCCCUGCCACAUCGUCACCAUCACCACCCCCUGCGUCGGCCAGGAUCUCUACCCCAACCCCGCCCGCUACUGUCACCCCCACCGCGACAAACCUGUUGUUGUCUAAACCGACACCUUCCACUACCGGUACAAUAUCCACUCAACCACCGCCAGCCUCGUUCGCAACACUACAAAUAACCGCGAGCCCAAUCACCAACAACAGUGCUAUCACAGACCAAAAAACGGCCGUCGCAUCUGCCGACGACUCGUCGAUGACCGGCACGAUCCUGUUAGUGUGUAUGAUGGUGUUGGUGCUGGGCCUGGCUGCUGUUGCCUUGAUCCUAUACCGCCGACGGCAGCGCAUCGUCGCCAACCCGAACGUCCUCAGUGGCUUUGAAAUGGUCGCCAUGUCGUCGCGGAAUGCUCCGUUUAACAACGGGGCAGCAGCACCGUCCAAGGCGCAACUCCUUCGAAAGACGUCGAGCUCGGCGGUCCUCACCAGCUCGACGCUCUUGCCGUUGUCCAAACAACCGAGCCGCGACAUGCCGUCCGUGCCUACAAUCUCCCCCGACCACGUGAAACUGCUGCACUCGAUCUCCAGGACCCGCUUCAGUGGCAAAUUCCAAGGCGAGAAAGUCGUGCUCAAACGAUGGGAUGCUCCCAACCAGGCGGCGGUGGCGAGUCUGGUUGCGGACAUCCAGGCGAUGGCCCAGCUGGAGCACCCGCAGCUGUUGAUCGUGUUUGGCCUUGUCCGGUUUGGCGAGUUUGACGUGAGUGCGGUGGCAGAGUUCAUGCACUGCGGGUCGCUUCCCCGCGUGCUGUUCAAACAUGACGUGGCACUCUCGUGGCCCGACCAGCUCAGCAUGUGCUACCAAGUGGCGGCCGCCCUCGCUUAUAUGCACAGCCAGCCCAACUACUCACGGGGCACCAACUGCCUCACCAGCCGUGACAUCCUUGUCAACUCGACGUUGCAGUGCAAACUGGAUGUAUUGGACUUUGUCCAGGCGACGCCAGCCAUCACCUCUCCCGAGUUUUCGUACGGCGGCGCGUCGCUGGCGUGGGAAGCACCGGAAGUGCUCACACACAACUGCGCGCGAAGUUCGUCGGCGGAAAUGUACUCGCUGGGGGUGAUCCUCGGGGAGAUUGUGACGAGGGCAAGGCCAUACCAGUCGUGGAUUCAGAGUGUUGGCACCACGGUCAGUGACAUUCGCAUCCGAGACCCCACGACGAUGACGUGGCCGCACGAAAACCACCCAGAGCUCGAGUCCAGUCCCCGGUACUUCAAAGCCCUCGUCGCCGCGUGUCUGUCGCGGGACGUCCUCCGCCGCCCCCUGGCUGUGAACGUCGCCGAGACGUUGCAGCGUGAAAUGGCCUUGUUAAAGCGAAACUAUGGAUAGGAAUGAACGUACAGACAGUGCUAACGUAGAAAACCAAUUUAAGAAAACUUUUU